AAAAUUAUAGCUAAAAAUAAAAAAUAAAAAUAUAUAUUUGGCUACUUGAACGUGUCGUCAUCUUUUUGCGACUGCGCUCACCGCUCUCCAGGAAGCAAGACUAAAAGCUGAUUUCAGGGCGAUUUGGUUGGCCAAGAAGGAGCGAAAAUAAUGUCUGGAAGUUUUUAUUUUGUCAUGGUCGGUCAUCAUGACAACCCUGUGUUUGAGAUGGAGUUCCUGCCAUCUGGCAAGCCUGAAUCAAAGGAUGACCACCGUCACCUGAACCAGUUCAUUGCACAUGCAGCCCUGGAUUUGGUGGAUGAAAACAUGUGGCUGUCCAACAAUAUGUACUUAAAAACUGUGGACAAGUUCAACGAGUGGUUUGUGUCUGCCUUUGUCACCGCAGGACAUAUAAGAUUCAUCAUGCUGCAUGAUGUACGACAAGAAGAUGGAAUCAAGAACUUUUUUAAUGAUGUAUAUGAUUUAUACAUUAAGUUCGCAAUGAAUCCAUUCUAUGAAAUCAAUGCACCAAUUCGCUCAACAGCUUUUGAGAGGAAAGUCCAGUUCCUUGGAAAGAAACACCUCCUGAGUUAAUAACUUCACAUGCAUAAGGAUUUGAAUGCAUCUUGUCUAUUUGUUGUACAUACAUAUACACUAACACUUGUUUGAUGUCUUUUAAGUUUGUCGUCUUUUUCUGUUUCACAAAUGUUAAAUGUGUUCAACACAGAUGUGGAUUUUCUAUAAAGCAUUUUCUUGUCUGAUGUA